UUUUGUCGCACAAAGAGAAAGCUGAGAAGGGGGGCUGGUGGAGGCAGCCACCAGUCACUAGUAUCUAAAAGCAAGGCAUCCCCGUGACUGUACAGCUUUAAUCAUUAAUCAUAAAUUCAAAAACAAGAAAAAAUCAUUCUAAUUAAUCACAACAAGACAAGCAAUCACGGACUCAAGAUCACUUUGCUGUUUGUUUCCUUGUCAUUCUUCUCAUUAUGAAUUGAGAAGUAUAGCAAAGCACACUUUCACUGCCACCUUCACUCCCUUUGCCACUCCAUGGAACCACCGCCGCCGCCGCCACUUUCCCAUACAACCUACACCCUCACGGCCUCCACAAUCUCCUACGCCAAACCCGCACCCACCUUCCUCUUCAAGCCCUGCAGCUCCACGCCACCCACAAACAUCCUCAACAACGUCUCCCUCACCGCCCACCCCUCCGAAAUCCUCGCCAUCGUCGGCCCCAGCGGCGCCGGCAAAUCCACCCUCCUAGACAUCCUCGCCGCCCGAACGGCGGCCACGACCGGCGCCCUCCUCCUCAACUCCGCCCCCCUCAACCCCUCCGCCUACCGCAAGCUCUCCGCCUACGUCCCCCAGCACGACGCAUGCCUCCCCCUCCUCACCGUCGCCGAGACCUUCGCCUUCUCCGCCGCCCUCCUCAACCCCAAAAGCGCCAACAUCCCCGCCAUCGUCUCCGCCCUCCUCGACGACCUCCGCCUCACGCACCUCGCGCAGGUCCGCCUCGCCCACGGCCUCUCCGGCGGCGAGCGCCGCCGCGUCUCGAUCGGUCUCAGCCUACUCCACGACCCCGCCGUCCUCCUCCUCGACGAGCCCACCUCCGGCCUCGACAGCCGAUCCGCCCUGAGCAUAAUGCAAACCCUGAGAUCGGUGACCGAGACGCGCCGCCGCACCGUGGUCCUCUCGAUCCACCAGCCAAGCUUCAAAAUCCUCUCCACCAUCGACAGAAUCCUCCUCCUCGCACAAGGCAGCGUCGUCCACCACGGCACCCUCUCCUCCCUAGAAGACUUCCUCCUCUCCAACGGCUUCACAGUCCCCCCGCAGCUCAAUCCCCUCGAAUACGCCAUGGAAAUACUAAACCAGCUCCAAUCUCCACCUCCACCUCCACCUCCUCCGCCGCCGCCGAUUGAAAGCGGAAUCGGCGAUACGAUGAGAUCUAGAUACAGAAGCUCUCGAAUCCACGAGAUCACACUCCUAUACUUGCGAUUCUGGAAAAUAAUUUACAGAACGAAGCAAUUACUGGUAACCAACACGCUGCAAGCAUUAGGAGUGGGAAUCAUUCUGGGCACAAUCUACAUAAACAUUGGAUUAGACAAAUCAGGGAUGGAGAAGAGAUUCGGGCUGUUCGCCUUCACCCUGACAUUCCUCCUCUCCUCGACGACGGAGACGCUCCCGAUCUUCAUCAACGAGCGCCCCAUCCUCCUUCGAGAAGCUUCGAGCGGCGUGUACCGCCUCUCCUCUCACCUGAUCGCCAACACCCUGGUGUUCCUCCCGUACCUCCUGGCCAUCGCCGUCGUCUACUCCGUGUCCGUCUACUUCCUAGUAGGGCUGUGCAUGACGUGGCAGGCGUUCACGUACUUCGUGGUCGUGAUAUGGUCGAUCGUGCUCAUGGCCAACUCCUUCGUGCUGUUUCUGAGCUCCGUGGCGCCAAAUUUCAUCGCCGGGACGUCGCUUCUGACGCUGCUGCUGGCCGGAUUCUUCCUCUUCUCCGGCUACUUCAUCUCGAGGGACAGGCUGCCCAAGUUCUGGCUCUUCAUGCAUUACAUCUCCAUGUACAAGUACGCCUUGGAUGCGCUGCUUAUCAACGAGUACUCGUGCCUGCUUUCCACGUGCCUCGUCUGGUACGACAAGGGGAGCAACGCCUGCAUGAUCAACGGCCGUGAUUUCUUGGAGAGGAGAGGCCUGCAUGAGCGCCAGCGCUGGACUAAUGUUUAUGUUAUGAUCGGAUUCUUCCUGCUUUAUCGCCUUCUCUGCUUCAUGGUUCUCAUCAGAAGGGUUUCCAGAUCCAAGAAAUGAAUCUUCUUUUUUCUUUUCUUUUUUGCUGUUACAUUUUUGUUGUUACGUGUUUGUCCAGAAUAACAAUAAUUUGUUUUUUUUU